AUGAUGUUAAUUUCACUUAAUAAUUUUAAUAACUUCGAUUAUCAGAUUUUCUAUGCCCAUCGUAUUAUUUUAAUAUUAAAUUUUUAGGAUAAAUACUCAAAUUCAUCUUGGAGGAACUUAAUCAAGUAAUUCUAAUUUUAAUUUAAAUUAAUAGGUAAUCUAUUUCACUUUAUUGAUUUAUCUGUUGUAUAAUGUUAAAAUAAUUCAUCAAACAUAUGGCAACCUAUUUGUCGUGAACCUUCUCAACAUACUUACAAAAUUAAAUUACUUACAGUCAAUUAAGUAUAUCAUAUAUUCUAAUAGAUUAUAAACCCAUAUAAACCAAAAGAUUCUUAUAUCUAACCUUUUUUAGAUGAUUCAUUUUCCUUUACAUUUAAUCUUAAUUUAACUAAAUCUGUUAAUGCUUUUGUUACUAAAUAUGAUUUUCUUAAUGACGAAAGUUUACUCCCUAUUAGGUAUAUUUCAUUAGUUUAUUUCCCUUUUAGCAUUAUAGAAUAAAAUACAGUUUUUUUAUUAGACUCCAUUGAUGUUUAAUAAGAGUAUACUGAAUUGAUUGAAAAAUCUUAUGUUAAGUUAUAACUUCGUAAAAAACCUUUUAAAACCAAAUUUUAAAGACAAUAUCAAAAACUUGAUGAAUUACUAUCAAAUAUUGGGGGUAUUUUAUAAAUUUUGUCCUUUUUUAUUGGAUUACUAGUAACUAUUUACAAUCGUAUUAAUUGUAAUUCUUAUGUUUAUUUAAAGAUAUGGUUGAAUUGGGAAAUAAAAUAUAUGAUUUUAGUAAUGAUGAUUCAGAUUAAAAGAAAAUUUAUUAAGAAAAUCUUAAAAUUCUUACAGAAACUUAGAAUAGUGGCAAUAUUCCACAAAAUUCUAAAUUAUAAUAACCUAACUAAAACACAAUUAUUACAGAUAAUGAAAUUCAUAUCACUGAUAGUUAGAGUUAACCAUUUAAAUAAGAAAUAAGUUUAAUAUUAAUUUAUUUAAGGAUUAUCAACCAAAUUAUGUUGUUCGUCUGGAUUAGAUUAUUUUUAAGUCUAAUUGUAAAAAAUGUUUGAGAAAAAAAAACCUAUUAAUUUAGAUUGCCAAAUUUUCCUUAAUUUUAUUACUUGCAAUAAUUUAUUUAGGGAUGUCCCAAAAGUCAAAUUAAUAAAUAAAGCAUAGUAAAAAUAUUAUAAAUUUGUAGUGAUUAGAUUAUUCAACAAUCUGACAUCUAUUCUAUUUUAACUAGAUUGAAUGAAAUUGAUAAAUUGAAAGAGAUACUUUUAACUCCAAAAUAAUUGGUCAUGUUUAAUUUUACCCCAAAACCAUUAAUAACAUUAGAAGAAGAAGAUCUUAAAAUUGAUAGAAAUAUGGUUGAAAGUCAAAUCAAAACACCACAAGAUAGGUAUAGAUAUUUUAUAAUUUCAUUAAGUAAAGGAGAUAUGUUAGUUUAUACAAGAAUGAUGAUGAAAUUAAAAAGAAAAAAUAAAGAUGAAAAAAAUAAUCAUGAAUCAAUUAGAAUAAGGAAGAGAGCAAGUUUUAUGCCGUAACCUCUUAAUAAUUAUGUUUAUUAGUAAAUUUAUAAUGUAAAAUUUACAAAACAAAUUUAGGCAUAUGAUGAGAUUGCAAAAAAGAAAUAUGAAUCUUAAUUUGAUACUCUUAAUUCAUAACUGAUAUAAAUGCUAGGAGCAGAAUUAGAAUUAAUUUUUCAAGUUUGUUAAAAAAUUGAUGAGGAUGGAAAACCAUAGGCCAAAUUUCAUCAGAAAUUAGGAUCAACUAUUUGUUAAAAAAAGUGUCUGAUAAAUUAAGAUUUUGAAAAUUAAGAAAAUAGUACAUGA